AUGGAGCAUACUGUGUGCGACGCUGCACAGGUGUUGGGCCCCAGAGCUUGUGCACGCGUGUGUGCGUUUGUGCAGGAUGAGGCACGCAUGGCCAAGGUAUACAUGGGCCUCGUCGGCCUCGUCUUGGGCGUGCUAGCCCAGUACGUGGUUCGCCGCCUCGCUUCACGUGGCACCCCUGUCUUGGAGGCCCCUACCGAGGCCUCGUCUCCGAAACGCAGCGGCGGCAAAUGCACCGUGGUUCUGCUCGGCAGCGAGCAAUCAGGGAAAACGAAUGUCUUUCUGCGCCUGAGCAUGGGCGUCGCUCCUGACACAGCUACCACACAGCAUGUCAACCGGGCGACGGUCCCUGCAGAUGGGGCAGCAUCGCAGCAGGCCUUGGACUUGAUCGACGUGCCGGGGCAUGCGCGACUUCGUACGCAGGCCUGGGACUACUUGGACACGGCCGAUGCGCUCGUGUUUUGCAUCGAUGCGAGCGUGGCCAGUCGCGGUGGUAGCGAAGGCGCUGCGGCCGCCGCGGCGCUGUCAACGAUGAAGCGGACCGAUCUGCAAGGGGCACUCAUCGAUAGUGUGGAUUAUCUACAUGACACGCUACGUACGUUAGCGCAGCGUCGUCUCGAGGCCGGUGCCACCGCCAAGCCGCCGCCCGCCCUGCUUAUCCUGUUCACACGAAUGGACCGUUCGCCACUGUUCCAGGACAAGUCCAUGCUCGACGAUGAAAAGCGACGUGCGCAACUCCUAGCACGGUGCCGCCGUGGCCUGGAAACGGCCCUAGUCUCGCGCCGUACCUCGCGUGGUCUGCAUCGUACGACGGCCGACGAUGCCAUGCGUGGCCGUGUAACAAUCGAUAGCAUCCAGGAGGUCCAAAGUGCCGAGCAGACGUCCUGGCUGCAGCGGGCCAAGGCGGCCGCGGCGCGCGUGCCGUUCCUCGCGAGUUGGCUCCCCUCGGACGAGAAAACGGCAGCCGAAUUGCACCCUACGCGGUUUGGACACAAUGUGCGAGCAGGCGAAGGGCACAAACUCUCGGAAGAGUUGGCGUUGGACUACCUGGUAGCCGCGUCUGGCUCGGCCAUGGACCAGCCAUUGCAUCGACUCCACCCACGCGUGGUGGAGGACGGCCACGCCGCGAUGGGUUUGAGCCACGUUGAUAGGGCCGGGUGGGCGCCGCAGGCGGGGCAGGAUCACUUGGGCGAUUUGUACACUUGGAUAGCGUCGUUGUAG